GGUGGUGUGUGGCGAGGACUGGGUUAGUUUCCCGGAUGGAGUUCCGUCGCCAUUUUUAGUCCAGUGCUACCGGUAGAGUCGGGACGCUGAGCCACUGUUGCUCCGCUAGGAAUCGCCGACUGAGACAGACGCACCUAACGUCGAGCCUCUGUUCCUCCGCCCGGAAAAAACGCCAGUCCAGGCACCGAACACCAUGGCAGAUCGAGAAAUCUUAGUAUAUCAGGCCAAACUUGCCGAGCAGGCUGAGAGAUAUGACGAAAUGGUGGAGUCCAUGAAGAAUGUAGCCGGCAUGGAUGUGGAGCUCACAGUGGAGGAGAGAAACCUGCUAUCCGUGGCGUACAAGAACGUGAUCGGCGCCAGGAGAGCGUCCUGGAGGAUAAUCAGCAGUAUUGAACAGAAGGAGGAGAACAAGGGCGGAGAGGACAAACUCAGAAUGAUCCGGGAAUACAGGCAAACGGUUGAGACUGAACUGAAAUCAAUCUGUAAUGACAUUCUGGAUGUACUGGAAAAGCAUCUCAUUCCAUCUGCAAACUCGGGAGAAUCCAAGGUUUUCUACUACAAAAUGAAAGGUGAUUAUCACAGGUAUCUGGCAGAGUUCGCCACAGGGAACGACAGGAAGGAGGCGGCAGAGAACAGCUUGGUAGCUUACAAAGCUGCCAGCGACAUCGCCAUGAUAGAACUCCCACCCACACAUCCCAUCCGCUUAGGUCUUGCACUGAACUUCUCCGUAUUUUAUUAUGAAAUCCUCAAUUCCCCUGACCGUGCGUGCAGGUUGGCAAAGGCAGCAUUCGACGAUGCCAUUGCAGAGCUGGACACGUUGAGUGAAGAAAGCUACAAGGACUCUACGCUCAUCAUGCAGUUGUUACGUGACAACCUGACACUAUGGACUUCAGACAUGCAGGGAGAUGGUGAAGAACAGAAUAAAGAAGCGCUGCAAGAUGCAGAGGAUGAAAACCAGUGAGACUUCAUGGCCAAUACGAGACCCCAAACCCAGACUCCUCCCCCUUCCUAGUCCCGCCUUCGUGCCCCCUGCCCCCGUGUCACAGAGAGAGCCUCCCCACCCCGGCUUUUACCCAGGCUCUCCUCAUUAGCUCUAUGCCCCAUCUGGCCUCCUAGGGGUUGGUUUUUUUUUUUUUUUUGUUUUUUUUUGUUUUUGUUUUUUUUUUGUUGUUUUUUCUUUUUUUAUUACCCCAUUUCAUUGAGAUUCAUGAAAACUAAAAACUUAAAUAACAGGUAUUGGAAAGGCAAUGCUUAGAGAGUCCCUAGAUCCCCCCCCCCUUCCCAACCCCCCCCCGGUACAGGCUGUCUUGGUAAUUAAUAGACUCGGAUCCCUUUGUUUUCAGUUCUUUCUUUAUUUGCUUUUUUCCACAGCAUUUUAUCAGUUUGCUGGAUGUAUUUUGAGUAUUGUUCAUGUAAUUACAGAAAUUAAUUUUUAUUACCGAAACAUCUGCUAUAAUUAGAUGUGGGAACUGUAAUAUUUCUGUGUUAGUGCAAACAUCGGUUGAAAAUUAGAGAAUUAAAUUUUUACAAAGGGCAUUCGUGUUUUAAGACAAAGGAACAAAGUGCCCUUUCUUUCAUUGUUUCUUUCUGUUACAGUUUCAGAGGAAGUUGGCAGAAUUCUGAAUAUCCAAGUGGAGCAAAAAUGCCUAAAAACUUUUACAGUUUUAGUGGUUAUGUCCUGUAGUGAUUUGGACUGUACAUUGUGCUGAAAUACUGUAUUGCGCACACUCUUGCUGAUUUCAGGAAAUGGCUGGUAGCAGUUUUAACGGAAAAAAAAAGCAAAACAAAAAAAAAAGACACGUGAAGGAGCCUUGUUGCUUUGUUCCCCAUACUCAGAAAAAAGCAGGUUUGUAUCAACAUUUGGGAAAAAAAAUUAAAUGAUCGAGUCAAUUUGAAACCUGCAUCUGUUAAAACAUAAGUAUACUUUAUUUUUUCUUUCUCUACCCCUCUUUCUCUUCUCUCUUUUCUGUCUCAUUCUUUCCUCUGUUUUUUCAUUCAGUAUAUGUAACUUGAAGCUAAUUUGUACUACUGGAUAUCUGACUGGAGCCACAGAUAAACAAUCUGUAUUCUUACUGAAACACAGCAUGGAAUUAACAUUAAACUUAAAAUAAAAACAACCUGAAUUAAAAA